UGAGUGAGUGCAGGUGAAAAACAUAUAUAGAGAGAGAAAGUACAGAGAGAGAGAGAGAGAGACAGAGGUGUUGAAUCUGGUUGAUAUGUGUUUGCAUUGGAGUUUCCAUUUUUCGAGUUGGCUUAAUCGCCCAUCUUUCUCUUCUUCGGUCUCUCCGCAUAUUCUAAAAAAGCCUCUGUAAUCCAUUGUUUUUCUGUCCUAAUUAAUUCAAUUUCCAACCACCUCGCUCUGUCUGUCUCUGUCUCUCUCUCUCUAUCUCUCUGCACAUGUAUAUACUCUAUUCACAUUCUUGGAUUUUCAUCAAUAAGCUUCGAUAUCUCUCUACAUAGUUCUUUCUCUUUUUGUCUCUCGUUCUAUAAAUGGCGAAUGCAUCUGGGUUCUUUUCACCUACAGUUCCAAGUCUGAGAAAGAGGAUUCCUCUAUCAAUUGGCAUAUAUCGAUCUGGGUUUUGCUCUGCUGAUGGAUUCUCCAAAAGGGUAUUCUGCUCUAGCACUAUCGAAGGUGAAGAGAAGCUUUCCCCUUCUGAAUCUCGAGUACCCAGGCUUGUCAAUAAAGGCUGCAAACUAGUUGGAUGCGGCUCUGCAGUACCAACUCUUCAGGUUUCCAACGAUGAUCUGGCAAAAAUUGUUGAUACUUCAGAUGACUGGAUCUCUGUUCGCACUGGGAUUCGUAAUCGACGUGUUCUAACAGGCAAAGAUAGCUUGACGGGUCUUGCUGUAGAGGCAGCCAAAAGGGCUCUUCAGAUGGCACAGGUUGAUCCUGAUGACGUGGACCUAGUCUUGUUGUGUACAUCAACUCCAGAGGAUCUGUUUGGCAGUGCACCUCAGAUCCAAAAGGCACUUGGCUGCAAAAGAAAUCCAUUGGCUUAUGAUAUUACAGCUGCUUGUAGUGGAUUUAUGUUGGGUCUAGUCUCGGCUGCCUGUUAUAUUAGGGGAGGCGGCUUUAAUAAUGUUCUUGUGAUUGGGGCUGAUGCUCUUUCCCGUUAUGUUGAUUGGACCGAUAGAGGGACCUGUAUUCUCUUUGGGGAUGCUGCUGGUGCUGUAGUAGUACAGGCCUGUGAUAGUGAAGAGGAUGGUUUAUUUGGUUUUGACUUGCACAGUGAUGGUGAUGGUCAAAGGCACUUAAAUGCCCCCAUUACAGAAAAAGAAUCAGAUCAUGCUUUAGGUUCUAAUGGUUCAGUGUUAGGCUUCCCCCCAAAACGCUCCUCUUAUUCCUGCAUCCAGAUGAAUGGUAAAGAGGUCUUUCGCUUUGCCGCUCGGUGUGUGCCACAGUCAAUCGAAUACGCCCUCCAAAAGGCUGGUCUCACUUCGUCUAGCAUUGAUUGGUUACUCCUCCAUCAGGCAAACCAAAGGAUCAUUGAUGCGGUUGCAACGCGAUUAGACGUCCCACCAGAGCGGGUCAUUUCUAACUUGGCAAACUACGGCAAUACAAGUGCGGCAUCAAUUCCAUUGGCAUUGGACGAAGCGGUACGAGGUGGGAAGGUGCUAUCGGGCCAUACUAUUGCAGCUGCGGGUUUUGGCGCCGGUCUUACAUGGGGUUCUGCCAUUAUCAGAUGGGGAUGAGACCCUACCUCUCUUACCUCCGCCAGUCACUAUAGAAGAAAGAAGAGUGUCUUAUAUAAACUGUAGUCGUCGUUGUCGUCCUCCUGCCUUGGUUACAGUUCUGAAAUGUAAUGCCAGUUAUUGUGUAGGUUAGAAUACCAGUCUCAUUCAGCUUUCUUUCGUUCAUUCAGAUUUUGUUUCCUUUGAAUUUUUUGCACCAUCAAUAAAUUUUAUUCUUUUCUCCCAAGACAUGGAACAUAUGUGCAGUUGUAUAUCCUAUGGAGUCAGAACUGGGUUGAUUUUUUGGCAGGUGAAGAAUAGAGCUAUAAAUAUGCCCAGUCAAAUUUAUGUUGAAAUUUAAUUAGUUAUGACAUUAUAUUUGAAUUUUGGUUCGUU